UAAAUAUUUUAUACUGCUAUCUGACAAAUGGCGAACCGUACAGUCAAAGACGCUCAUUCCAUUAAAGGAACAAACCCUCAAUAUUUAGUGGAAAAGAUCAUUAGGACUAGGAUAUAUGAAUGCAGAUACUGGAAGGAAGAAUGUUUUGCUCUUACCGCUGCCUUGAUGGUGGACAAAGCCAUGGAACUGAAGUAUGUAGGAGGAGUGUUUGGCGGUAACAUAAAGCCUGUUCCAUUUCUCUGUUUGCUGCUAAAGAUGCUUCAGAUUCAGCCAGAGAAAGACAUUGUGGUUGAGUUCAUUAAGAAUGAAGAUUUUAAAUAUGUCAGAGCUCUGGGUGCAUUGUAUAUGAGGUUGACAGGAACAUCAGUGGAUUGUUAUAAAUAUUUAGAGCCACUUUAUUAUGACUACAGAAAGUUGAAAGUUAUUGAUAGAAAUGGAGUAUUUAGCAUCAUUUACAUGGAUGAGUUCAUUGACAAUCUUUUGCGUGAGGAAAGAGUUUGUGACAUCAUUUUGCCAAGAAUACAGAAACGUAAUGUUCUAGAAGAGACCAAUGUCCUGGAGACGAGGGUCAGUGCCAUAGAAGAAGAUAUUGAUGAUGUGGAGUCUGAAGAAGAAGAAGAAAUUACAAAGGAUGUCAAAAAGAUUGUUCCUCCUCCACCGGUGAAAGAAAAUAAACCUCCAAGACAGUCUUCACCUCAUAGGCGACGGAUUAGCCCACGCAGGAGAGAUAAUAGGGAAAAUCAUCGUCAUCGUAGCCCUAUCAAACGUAGGUCAAGAUCACGAGAGCGUGUGGAUAAGCGUCACAGAUCUCCACCAGAUCUUAAACACAGAGAAGAUCUUCGCUAUAAGGGCAUCAAUAAAAAGGCACGCUACGAAAGAGAGGAUGACAGACAUCGCAGGCGCCACAUCGACAGAUCAUACAAGGAGAAAGACAGGGAGCACAGAGUGCACAGGGAAAGCAAGCGAGAUGGAGGCAGGGAGGACAAGAGGGAGGGAGGCAGGGAGGAUAGAAGAGAAGGCGCCAGGGAGGACAGGAGGAACAGUGGACGAGACAGCAGGAGGGAAGGUGGGCGAGAUGAAAAAAGGGAAAGUGGGCGUGAUAGAGACGACAAAGGCAGGAAGAACACAAGUAAGGCGGAUCAGGAAACAAAAGAUGCUAAUGCGCUGCGUGCCAAAUUGGGUCUUGCCCCUCUCCGACCUUAAGUACACAAUAACUGACAUUAUCUCUUGUACAUAAUGUACAAACUUUUAAUUUGUUUUGUUGCUUAUCAAUGAAAACUUGUAAUAAAGUUUUUGAUUUUUUUUAAAUGUCAUAGAAAUCACA